UGGACACUCAGGAUCUCGAAUCCUGGUCACGGCAAUGUUGAAAUAAACAUUGUCACUUUUUGCGCCAAUCUUAUUGUCCCGUUGGUCACCAUGGGCAUCAUCCUGAUCCUGGGUGUGGUGGGCGAUGGGCCAGCGUGGGAUGAUUGGCGCCACGCCCUCAACCAGGCCUUUUUGAUCUUUCCAAUUCAUGCUUUGGGAGACGGCUUCCUGGAGUUGUGCAAGAACUAUAUGGUGGCCUUGGUAUUCCGCCGCUACGACAUCGAAUCGUAUAAGCAUCCCUUGGCCAGUGACCUGCUUGUGCGCCACUUUACCGCCCUGUUUUUGGUGGGCGUGGCCGCCCUGAUCAUCAACGUCCUUAUCGAGUGUCAUUUUCUGCGGCGUCUGUGGCAGCGAGUGGAGCGGUUGCUGGACUGCACCUACCGCCGCGAGCUAGAUAAACUGGGUCAGCUGAAGCUGGUAAACAUCCAGAGCAUCUUCAAGAGCUGCGUGGCCACCGGUGAAGCGGUGCGGGCGGAGAAUCUCUGGCUGGCAUACCGCCGCGGGUACUAUGCGGUGCGUAAUGUUUACUUCAGUGUCCAGCGGGGCGAAUGCUUCGGGUUGUUGGGCAAGAAUGGAGCCGGGAAGUCCACAAUCUUCAAGCUGCUCACUGGGCAAUUGCAGCCCGACGUGGGACAAAUUUACUUCGAGCAACCCGGCAUUUCAUACUGCCCGCAGAGCAACCCGCUGGACCCGCUGCUGACGACGACCGAGUGCAUCCGCUUCUACGGACGCCUGCGCGGCAUUCGCGAUCUGGAUCCAUUUUUGGACCGUGUGCUGGACACGUACGAGCUGCGUCCCUACAAGGAUGUCCAGGUGCGGAACCUGAGUGGCGGCAAUAGGCGCAAGCUAACUGUGGCUGUGACCUGUUGCGGAUGCACGCCCACCGUCCUGAUGGAUGAACCAACGAGCGACAUGGAUCCCGUGACCAGGGACAUGGUGUAUGCCACCAUCGAGCAGCUGCUGCUGGCCCGCAGAGCGGUGGUGCUGACCUCUCAUUCCGUUUCGGAGAUCGAGCAUCUGUGCCAAAGGGUGGCGGUGCUUAGGGCGGGCCAGGUCAUCGCCAGCGAUAGUCCGCAGCGAUUGAAAUCAGAACAUGGUGGUUACUACUCCGUGACCUGCUUCUGCGGCCCCGCCCAACAGGCUAUUCUUUCAAGAAGCUUGAGUCAACGAUUGCCGGGAGCCCGGGACUUGCAGCACUAUGCCCACAGCUUGCGGUUCCUCGUCAGGAUCCGUUCGCCUGGCAGCCUGGGCGAUGCCCCCCUUCUCUCUGAACUCUUCGCCAUCCUUCGCGAUGUCUGCGUGAAUGUGGCUCGCUUUUCGCUGAGUCGCUGCCGUUUCGAGACCGUUUUCGAACGAAUCCUUGACAGCAGCGAGUCGAAUGGCAGCAAUGGCGUGCACAAGGAUCAGCAGCAGCAGGAUGCCAGGAAGGAUCUGCCAAGCAAAUCCCCUGCUGUCGGUGGCACUCUCGAAACCGGCUAUAUUCAUUGUGGCUAUGAGGAGACAAGAACUUAAAGGACUCAGUCAUGCUCCGAUUUUGAAACCAAAAACGACUAAAUUCAAAUUCCAUUUUUUAAUCGAAUAAUCGUUAUUAUUACGGACUUUUUAGUGUGUUCAAAAUUACAGUUGCAUCAAAACUAAAUUAGAGUAAUUAAAAAAUUAAAAUGACCAUUAAGAAAGCUUAGCAAACCAAAUUAUUUUGUUCUGCUAUUAUAUUCAACUAGACAAAUCAUAUUUUUUGUUUUGUAAACUGAUUUCGGUGUACUACUUGUUAUUAUUUUAUCAAAUAUUGGACGUC